UCUUCCCUCGGCUCGGCAGCACUGGACCUAAACUGACCCCUCUCUCUACGCUCGGCUCGAUCUCAUCUCGACCUGUCCCACCGGGAACGGGAGAGCAACAAUGCCGCGCCACCUGCUGCAGGACUCUGUAGACCGCCUGACCGAGAUGGCCGCGCCGCCUUUGUCAGCAGCGAAGGCCGGCGGCGUGCACACGGACACGCUGCUGAUCCUGGCGGCGGUGCUGUGCUUCCUGCUCUGCGUCGUCGGGCUGGCCCUCGUCGCGCGCUGCUGCCGGCUCUGCAACCCCUCCGCCUUCUCCGUCGACGCAAUGGUGGCCAAGGCGCCGUGCAAGGGGAUCAAGAAGAAGGCGCUGCAGUCGCUGCCCACCGUGCUGUGGCCGGCACCGGAGCAGACGGCGGAGCGGGUGGACCACGAAGAGGAGGGGGAGGUGCCGGAGUGCGCCAUCUGCCUAGCGGAGUUCGCGAGCGGCGACGAGGUGCGCGUGCUCCCGGCCUGCGGCCACGGCUUCCACGCCGCCUGCGUCGACGCCUGGCUGCUCUCCAGCUCCACCUGCCCCUCCUGCCGCCGCGCCCUCGUCGUCGCGCCGGCGGCAGAAACCGGGUGUGCUCCUCCCCACACGUGCUGCGAGCGCCCCGACGUCGCGCCGCAGGUCUCGGCCACCGGCGCCGGCGCAUCCCGUUGCCGGUCGUCGGCGCAGUAA